GUCCUGGUCCAUUGCGACGCUGAAUUAUAUAUAUACAUAUAUUGCAGUCGACGUACCUCAAUCGCGAAAAAGGACUCAACACUCCCUUCUUAUAGACAAUUCUGAACAAAACUACUUCAAUACAUUUUCAUUUGACGCAGAAAUAAAGAAAUGGCAUGUACUCCACAAAUUUACUGUAGCGAUUUUACAGAAAGCAUCCCAUCUCUUUAUUUGUGCGUCAAAUGAAAAUGUAUUGAAGUAUUUUUGUUCAAAAUUGCAUAUAAAGUAGGGCAGUUUAACCCUUAUCCCUGGACCUCGUUAUUUGGCGAUAUCGCCCAGAGCACCCCCUUAAAGACGGUUACCCUAAUGGAGAAUUUUGUGUUUGUCAAUAAUGAAGCUGACGGAACUUAUCCGACGAGUACCGGUCGCAGUCAUAAAAAUUUGCCCAGGGGUCACCGUACUUAAAUUCUUCAGUCAACGUUCUGUAUGACUCAUCGUCCUGUUUACCUGUGAAAGACUACCGUCUCCGUCGGACCUCGCGCGUGUCGUUAUAUAUUGUGAGACUCCACAGAAGAAAACGAAGUGUAGCAUUCUUGUAUAAUACUGUUGCGAUUGAUUUACUCUCUUCACGAAUCCAGAUUCAGCCUUGCCAUCACGCUGGAGACACGGAUUGUAUAGUUAUGUGAGGUUGAUAUCAGUUACGCAGAGUACGACCGAGAGAGCGUCAGGCGUCUGUCAUAAGCGUCUUGUGCCCUAACCUAUAAAUUUGAUCGUCGGCUAUCAAAAACGAUUUGUUUAUUUAUUUUAUUAAACAAAAAUAAACUGGGGGGAAUCAAGUAGAGUGUAAAAAGAUCGAAAACAAAAUGCCACCGAAGUGUAAAUUUCAAGAAGGAGAAAAAGUACUCUGUUUUCACGGACCAUUAAUAUACGAAGCCAAAUGCCUGAAGUCUUCGGUUACCAAGGAGAAACAGAUUAAAUAUCUGAUACACUAUGCGGGUUGGAACAAAAAUUGGGAUGAAUGGGUGCCAGAGAGUCGAGUGCUGAAGUAUAACGAGUCGAAUGUACAAAAACAAAGAGAAGUGCAACGUGCCCAUUCAACUCAGCAGCCUUCGCACAAAGGUAAAAAGACUGGGACCACUACUAAAGCCCAAGGGCGUAGAAGUGAGAGUGGCAGAGACAAAGAUAGUGAAAGUCGGGCAAGUACUCCUGUUGGAAUAGCUGAGAAGACGGGGGGCCGGUCUACCAAAGGGCUUGGCGGGGGUGCUACACCGUCAUCGUCCCAUGAUUCGUCGUCUGAUGCACCGCGCAAAAAAAGAAGCCGCGUUGAUCCUUCUGUGGAAACGGAGGAGCAGUUCUUAACAAAAGUUGAGGUGAAGGUUAAAAUGCCGGAUGAGCUGAAGCCGUGGCUUGUCGAUGAUUGGGAUGCUAUUAGCAGACAACGCAAACUGGCAAUACUACCUGCAAGGAAUACAGUCGAUCGUAUUUUGGACGAUUACGUCAAAUUUAAGACAUCUAGUAAAACCAACAACCCCAAUAAAGAAAGCGCUGUUCUAGAAGUGACAAAAGGCGUGCGGGAGUAUUUCAAUGUGAUGUUAGGUACGCAAUUACUUUAUCGAUGGGAACGUCAACAAUACAGUGAAGUAAUGACUGAAAAUCCAGACUCAACUCCCAGUCAAAUAUACGGAGCUUUCCACCUACUCAGGCUAUUUGUGAAACUUGGCAGUAUGUUAUCUUACACACCUCUCGACGAGAGAAGUAUUCAGUUACUUCUGGCGCACAUACACGACUUUUUGAGAUACUUGCAUAAGAAUAGCAGCGACUUAUUCAGUCUUCAAGAUUACGGAGCAGCACCACCGGAAUAUCACCGUAAAUGCAAUUAAGUUGAAUUAUGCAACAUUUAUAUUAAAACGUCAGCAAAAUGAGCCAUUGCAUCCAUUUUACCGCUUAUUAUAAUCACUGUCAAACUGCAUUGUCCCUCUUGUAUUUACUAUGCAAUUACCAUAAUAUUUUCCUCUUUCUCUUUGGUUUAAUAUUUUCGUAUUCAGUUAUUUCAAACUUGUGUGCAAUUUCAUUUUUAAAUAAAAUAACCUCAUACGAAAUUUCUCUUGGACUGUUUGUCCACAAAUAUUAACCCCUAUAACGUAGGUAAUUAUUGAAGUGACAUUUUGUCGGGGUUCCGAUAACAUUCCCAUACAUUUUUUUUGUUAUUGUUCUCAAUCAAUCACCUACUAUGGAAUGUAGGGCGUGAUUUUACCCGGUAUGAAAAAAAUCAUUCUCGGGAUGACUUCUGUGUGUUUGACCGAAGAAUGUAAGCGCUUGCCAAAGUUUAAAAUACACGCGUACGAUGGCAGUGCAGGUUAAAUUAUUGGAAUUUCAAACGUUGGGAGAAAUAAUAGUUUCAUGAUAUGUAUCGCCACAUAUCGCCACUUGAUCACUACGAAAUACACGUAAUCUGUAUUAUUUUCGUACCUCAGCUGUACUACCGUAUUAAGCAGAAAGGUGGUAACUUGUUUUCUUACCAUUCUAAGAUAUUCAGUUUCAUAUAAUAAUAUUUUAGCGGACAAGUUCUCAUAUUUGAAUUGAAUCACGAAGAUAAAAGAUUAUAUUACUUAUUCUAGUUAUAAAAAUGUUAAUUAUUAGAUAAUAAAGUAGUAAAAUUGAAAUUUUUUGUAUUAGCUACUUUGAGAAUUAUUAUUUGUAACGUUUA